AUGAGCGCCUUCCCACCCGCAUUUCGCGCAGCCCAAGUAGUCGGCCUGACCGGCGCUGCCUGGCUCUCAGGCAACAUCUUCGUCUACAGCAUAGGCUUCACGCCAAGCAUCCUCCAAGCCCUCCAUGAAAACAACAUCCCCCCAGCUACUGCCGCCAAGCUCUGGCAAAACGCCUACGCCCGCGGCAAGGCGCAGAACCCGCCCCUCGCGGCCGCCACGGCCGCCGCAUUCCUGUACCUGGCCUGGAGUGUGCGCGAGGGCACGGCGCUAUCGCUGCUGGCACCGCAGGGCAGCACAGUCCUGUAUAGCGCUGCUGCGGUGUUGACGGUGGGGAUUGUCCCGUAUACGUUGGCGUUUAUGAUGGGGACGAACCACGAGCUGGAGGCAAAGGCGGAGUCCAAGGUUGGGGCUGAGUUGCCGGCGAGGGAGGUUGAGCCUUUGUUGAAUCGGUGGGAGGCUUUGAAUGUGAUUCGGGGGGUUUUUCCUUUGGUUGCGGGGGUUUUGGGGUUGGUUGCUGCUUUACCUUGA